AUGCUCGCAGUCGCGUCAUCGUCUCGCCGCUACCAUUCGUGCGGCUCGUCGUCCCAGCCUGCAGUCCAAAUCGACGGCCUGGAUCCGUCGGAAGGACUGGAUCCGAUGGUCGUGAUGGCGCGCUUCGUCGGCGAGUCGGGUAUGCGACCUUUCCUAUCAACGGAUGAUGACGCGGCGCCAACAGCUGUGAGCGACGCAGCCAGCGACGCAGUUAGCGACGCAGUCAGCGACGCAGUGAGCGACGCUGGCGAGGAGACAUUUUUCUUCCCCACGCCUCCGCGCAGCCCGCGCGUUAUCUCCCGCGCGGCGCUCGAGUUCCGCCACGGCCGCCGCCGGCAUUCGUUCAGCGGAUUUCAAGAGCUUCCCGCCGGGUGCGGAGUCUGUGGCGUUCCGGAGUCCCUGGAUGGUGCUACUAACGGGGAUAUUAGUCAUCAUGGUGCUAAUAACGGGAUUAUUUGUUAUCCCGGUGAAGAUAACACACACGGUGCAGAAGAUCGCUGUGACCCACCUCGCCUACUUCCGUCUGCAGCUCAAUAUUCCGCACCUCCCGCUGCUGCCGCCACUGCCAUUGCUGCCGACUCUGCCACAGCUGCUGUCACGUCACCGCUUCCUGCUGACGCAAGUGGGCGGCCGGAUCAGAUCUACGGCCCUAAAUCCAACGCCAUGUGGCCACGAAGUCAGAGCCACUCGGCAGUCGUGGGCCGGCGAGAUUCCAGUGAUGGCUCUGAUGCUAUUGGGGGACGGCGCCUGGGCCGGCAUAGGCGCAUACGAUCAGUGGAAGCAGUGAUGGAGAUUUCUGGAGUGGCGGGGCAGGCCACAACAGCAGUGCCUCCCUGGCCCUGCCUCCUCUGCCUCCUUAUCGCCGACAUCACCCCUCUCUCCUCCCUUGUCUCCCCCACCACUGUCCGUGCUGUCGUCUUCAAAGCCCGUCUCUCUGCCGCCACAUUCAAAACCUACCUCUCGACUGUCACGAUCUAA